AUGCAGAGUAAUGCAGACCAAGUAGAGAAGAACAUCCUGGCUGCAGAGGACCUGCUGAAAAAGGACGCAGAGCGAGAUGAGAGGAAACAGCCGCUGAUCUACCAGAAGGAGAACGCAGACAACCUGGCGCAGGCUGAGGGGCUGCUGAAGGACCUCUACAUGGACGUGGACAAGGCCAAGAGACUGCAGCACCCGCAGGCCAAGGAGAUAGAGAGGGAUGUGACAAAUCUCCACGAUCGCUGGGUGAAGGACUGUGCCACCUACAGGGAACUGUAUUCCCAGGUGUUAGUUUUGGACCCCAAACCCAAGAUCGGCUGGGGUCCUCUGCUGGAUGAAAAACUGAAACAGUUAAAGGCAGACGCAUACGGCCCCAACCUGAGUGAUGUAGAGAAGCAGAUAGCAGCACAUAACAUCCUGCACCAGGAGAUCGAGGCCUACAACAGCCAGCUGCAGCCCAGCACCACCUCUUCACAGGAGCAGUAUGCUGCCCUCAAAGAGAAAUAUGCUAAUCUUUAUGAGAGCUCCCAGCAGAGACGCAACCACCUGGCCUCUCUGUACGAGUACGUGCAGGGCUGCAGCAAGGAGCUGGUCUACCUGUCGGGCCAGCAGGAGAGGAUCCUCCAGAGAGACUGGAGCGAUCGCAUGGUCGACCCCCCAGGCGUCCGCAUGGAGUAUGAGAAAUUCAAAAAUAACGGACUGCUCGCACAUGAGAGUGAGAUCAACAAGCUGCAGGAGGAAGGAGAUCGUCUUGUUGGCACUAAACACCCCGGCAGCUCAACAAUAAAGGCACACAAAGAUGCUGUGCAGAAUGAGUGGCAAGCCUUCCUCAACCUGUGUCUGGCACAGGAGACACACCUGGACAACGUGGAAGACUACAAGAAGUUCCAGCUGGAUGCAGAGACGCUGUCCGAGUCCCUGGAGAGGCUCAAUUCCACCAUGGACCCAAAGUCUCUGGCCGACAAGAGUAACCCUCAGGUCCUGUUGGCGCUGGAGGGAGAUGAGCCGGCAAUAAAGAGGAACGAGCAGCGCCUGGAUGCCCUCAGGGAGCUCAGCAGCAGCGUUGUGCCGCUGAAGUUACGUCGAAUGCAGCCAACCAAACCCACCACCGCCGUGUCCCUGUGUGACUGGGCAGAUGAAGAUGACAUAGUGAGGCGUGGUGAGGAGCUAAAGUUGAAGUCAAACUCUGAUAAUAGGAACUGGGAGCUUCAGAGCAGACUUGGGAAGACCAGGACCCUCCCCGGGGCGUGUUUCAUGGUCCCACCACCUGAUGCUGAGGCGCUGGAGAAAGUUAACAGCCUGGACAAAGCACUGACGAACCUGAAGAGCAGACGAUCUGCACUAAUGGCCUCCUUGAAGAACCCCACUGUGGAGGUGGUCCGCCCUCAGAAGGCAGCUGCUGUUAAAAGUGCUCCAGAGGAUCCCAGAGCUGCUGAGCUAGCCAGUGAAAUAGACAAGAUCAACAAAGCCCUGGAACAGUGCGAGAAAAAUAUCCUGAAUCGACUCAGAGCCCCACUAGACAACCGCAGCCCCACAGAUGACCUGGCGAAAAGGCUGCAAGAGCACGAGAAAUCUUAUCAGACUGUGAGGAAGCUGGAGUCUGAGAAGUCCGCUCUCCAGAGAGAGAUGGAGCCUAUUCUGGCAAAGAAACCACUGGGACCCAUGGCCUCCACCCUGCCCCUCAAACUCAGCACUGCCAACAACAAGAUUGAUGACAUCAACACCCUCAUUGAGCUUUUUAAUAAAAAAGCAACAGCCUCCAUGUUCCUAGAGAAGCAGAAGAAGAAGGUGGAUGGCAUCAUCUCUGAGUUUGAGGAGCAGCUGGCUAAAGAUGGCACCAUUCUGGAUCAACCCAACGCCCUUGCGAGUCGCAACCAGCAGCUGCAGGUUAUGCGUAAGAGUGUUGCCUCAAAGAAGGAUGAUGUGAAUAAAUUAGGCAGAGACUUGGACCUGACACAGCAAGCAUGCAGCUCCCUGCAGCGGAGUUUCAACGAAUACUGUCCAGACAUCCGGCGUCAGGAGAGCGAGGUGAAACAGCUGCAGAACCGCUAUGCGACCGUCAGUAGUCAGAUCCAGGACAGAUCGGGUCUCAUAAAGGAAACCAGCACUAAAAACCAAGACUUCCAGAAUGCAGUUCAGUCACUGGAUUUCUUCUUGGUCAAUUUGCCCAAUAAUAAGAUCAAACCUACAGAUGAUGUUGCAGAGAUAAUAGCCAAGCAGAACUCUCAGAAGAGAGUGAUUGAGGACAUCAAGAAGAAAUCAGAUGAUUUAGACCGAGUCAAGUAUCUGUCCCGUGAUCUGCAGAACGUCCUAAAUGAGUAUGACGUUAAGUCAAACAGUUACCGUGGCACUCUGAAUGAUGACGAUGACGAAGAUGAUGAUGACGAGGAAGAAGAACCAGUCCCAAAGAAACGUCAAACUUCAACUAUGGCUCAGUCUGUACAGAGAAAGGAGAAAAAUCUACUGAACCUUUUUUCUGAGGUGUCUGCUGAGAAUGACCAGCUUCUCAACCAGUUGGAGACAGCGAGGAACAUCAAGGCCAGGAAUGAAGAGAGAGUUAGUCAGGUGGUCGUCAAUCAGCAGCUGCAGCUACAAAGCCAGAUGAAGGACCUGAAGGAGAGUGAUUCUCUGAAAAGGGAAUUAAAUGAGGAGAUUGAAAGGCGCUCACAUGCUGAAAGAGACCUGGAAACAUACCGUAAGAGGUUUGUGUCCCUGAAGAGCAGGAGAGGAGUGGAGAGGUUUCAGGAGAAAGAGGUGGUGCAAUACUACCGUGACCCAAAACUGGAGGCGGACCUACAGUCCCUCAGAAGUCGGAUCCAGGAUGAAUCGUUUAAGAGGUCAAGAACCAAGUCAGAGAUAGAAAUUCUCAAUGAGAGGAUUAUCAAAUUGGAAACACAGCUAAUCAAAAUUGAACCUAGACUGGUGACCAAGGUACUGACUGAAUAUGAGAGAGACCCGCAGCUUGACAAAGAAGCCACCAGAAUCAGAGAAGAGAUGCAGAGGAUACGGCUGGAGCUAGAAACAAAAGAUACAGAGACGGUUCAUGUGAGAAGUGAGCUCACAGUUCUGUCUCAGAAGAAACCAAAAAUCAAGGAGAAGAUUGUUAAGAAAGAAGUGGUGAGGCUUGAAAAGGAUCCAGAGAUGCUGAAAGCAGUUCUGACGUUCCAGAGCGGUAUAGCCGAAGAGGAUCACCAAAGCAAGACUCUCAAUGAUAGCAUUUUCAGCACAAGGAGCCAGAUAAACACACUGGAGAGGGUCAUUACCACCAUCCAACCCAAGAUAGUCACCAAGGUGGUGAAGCAGGUACAGCAAGAUCCAGAAACGGUGGAAGAGUCAAAGAAACUCCAAACUGCCUUGGAGGAAGAGAAAGAUGAGAAUGCCAUCUUGAUGAAGGACCUGACCACCCUUCGGAUGCGUUAUGGUGAGGUGGACAAUAUUCGGCCUAAAGUCGAGGUCAAGGAGAUCGUCAAUGAGAUCUACAGAGUUGAUCCUGAGACAGAAAUCGAACUAGUGCGUCUGAAGAAAGAGCUGCAGGAUUCAAGCCGUACCCGCAUGGAACUAGAGAAAGAAAUCACAACCUUGUUAACGACUCUAACUACCCUGCGCACUCAAAAACCUAAAGUGGAGUACAAGGAGGUGACCCAGGAGGUGAUCAAAGAAGAGAGAAGCCCAGAGGUCACCAGGGAGUUGCAAAGGCUGAACAAUCAAGUCUCCCGCCUGAAAGGUAACUAUGACACCACCCUGGAGCUGCUUACCCGCCUACGUAAAGAAAGGGAUGAGCUCAAAACUGAAAAGUCCAAGGUGGAGACCAAACUGGUCAAUAGAGAGGUCAUUAAAUAUGAGAACGAUCCUCUCCUUGAUAAAGAGGCUGACAGUCUUCGGAGGAAUGUAAGAGAAGAGAUACAGCAACGACGCAGUGUGGAGGAGCUUCUCUUUGACCUCCAGAACCAAUACAUCACACUUGAAAGGCAGAAGCCAGAGGAGAAGAUUGUCAUGCAGGAGGUGGUGCGUCUUCAGAAGGACCCCAAGCAGAUGCUGGAGCACGACAAGUUGAACAAAAACCUAGACGAUGAAAUGAAAGCCCGUAGAAAGCUUGAGUUAGAGGUCAGACAGCUCAGAGCCCUGGUUCAAGACAAGGAGAGUACCCUGGCUGAGACGGAUGAUCGUCAAAAGAAGAUUCAAGUAGAGUCGGAGCUGAGGACGAUCAGAGCACGCAUUCUUGAACUGGAAACCUCUCCACCGCCUGUUGAGGAAAAGAUUAUCAUCGAGGAGGUCCUGAAAGUGGAGAGGGACCCGCAGCUGGAGAAACUUACUGAUGGUAUACGCGUCAACUUGGAGACUGAGAGCAACAAUAUCAGUCGUCUAGAGAGAGAAAUCCGCAACCUAAGGUUGAAGUUGGAGCUUCUGCAAAAGGAGAAGUCAAUUGAGAAGGUUGUUUACAGAGAAGUGGUUCGUGUUGAGAAAGACCCAGUGGUGGAGGCCGAAAGGGACCGUCUAAGAGACCUCGUAACACAGGAGAGAAAUCUCAGGCGUGACCAGGAGGAAAAGAGCCAGGAGAUCAACAUCAGAAUUACUCACUUGCAGUCAUCGAAGUCUGUGACUUCUCAGGAGGAGACCACUCUCAUAGGCAACAGAAAUGCUCUGCAGAGAGAGAAGGAUGAGCUCCUCAAACAGCUCAAAAUACUCGAGUCUCAAAGACAGACCAUUACCUUAACCUUCCAGCAACAGUCCAAGCUGUUGAGUGAGAGAAACCAGAUUGCACGGCAGAGAAGUCUUAAAUCAUCCUCUGAAGUCCAACGGCUAGAGAAAGAAAUCCUCAACGAAAAAGACAAAAUACAUGAGCGUGAUGCACUCAUCAUUGAGCUGAAGAACAAUGUCAAGAAAGAAGACCACUCUGAAACUCACACCAGAGAGACAAAUCUUUCCACAAAGAUCACAAUCCUGGAUCCAGAGACCGGUAAAGACAUGUCUCCCUAUGAUGCCUAUGUGCAGGGGCUAAUUGAUCGCAAACACUACAUUCACCUGGCUGAGCUGGAGUGUGACUGGGAGGAAAUCACUUCAACUGGUCCAGAUGGAGAUACAACAAUUCUGCAGGAUCGUAAAAGUGGGAGGCAGUACUCUGUCAAGGAUGCCAUGAAGGAUGGUCGUUUGACCCAGUAUGACUUAAUGCGCUACAAAGAAGGGAAAAUCCCCAUUUCUGAGUUUGCCCUCCUUGUUGCUGGGGAAAUGAAACAGCCAAUCCUUCCACCUGUAAUCCCAAGAUCCCCCACAAAACCUGCCCCAACCUCUCCCUUCCCAACCUCUCCCUUGAACUCCAUGCCCUCCUCCAUGAGGUCCUCCUUCCCCAGCCUAACUGGCAGUACAACCAACCUCACCCACACCACUCUGCGCAGUGGCAGUUCAACCAACCUCACCCACAGCACUCUGCGCAGUGGCAGUUCAAACAACCUCAGCCUCAACAAUCAGAGUGACAGCCUGACCAACAUCAUUGUAUCACCAGGUGAUGAGAAUUUUCCCAUCUCUGGUAUUUUAGAUACCACCACUGAAAGCCGCAUGUCUGUGAGGAGUGCCCUGACACGCAAACUUAUUGAUUCCGACACAGCUAUGAGGCUGCUGGAGGCACAAGCGGCCUCCGGGGGAAUCGUAGAUCUCGCCAAAAAGGACAAACUGUCCGUCCACAAGGCAGCUGAGCGCAGUCUCAUUGACACAAGUGACAUGUACAAACUUCUGAACGCCCAGAAAGCCUUCACUGGAGUCGAGGACCCUGUGACCAAAGAGCGUCUAGCAGUGGGUCAGGCAGCACAGAAAGGGUUUAUUCCUAAAGAAAAUGCCGUAAGGUACAUGGAGGCACAGUACCUGACAGGUGGGUUAGUGAAUCCCGCCAAAGCAGGCCGCCUCACUAUCAAGGAGGCUCUUGCCAGUAAUAUUAUUGACAGCACAACAGCUGAUCAGCUGCAAGACGAGGCUCUUCACACAAAAGAGCUGGUAGACCCCAUCACCAAAGAGAAGAUAUCAUACAAGCAGGCGAUGGACCGGUGUAAGAGAGAUGUCAGCACGGGGCUCCUGCUUCUUCCAGCAGUCUCUACUGAUGCAGCCAGCGCUCCGUCAUACUCAAACUAUCGUUUCAAUUCCUACAACAAAUACUAGAUGUGAAGUUUACCAUGUUUUAUUUGCCACAACCAUUGGUGCUGGAGGGUGUGUGAUAACGCUAACCGAUCCAUGUUAAGAGAAAAAAAGAAAUGUUUGUAUUUUUUUGGGUAAAACCCUGUGGAUUUCCAUUUGUCACUGCUAUUUUGGGGUUUGCUAUAAAAAUGAGGGAACUGUUUGUUUUUUAUGGUAAAUUGUUGUUUUUUUCAGCAUUCUCAAGCUAAAUCCACCAUAAGUGCUUA